UUUUGUAUGACAAUAUGACUGAAAUGCCUGAAUAUAUUUUAGCUCUUGGUUCAGAGUCUGUUUACGCCCAGAAAAUGGUCUGAUUUCUCGUUCGUAUAMCCUGUUCUUCUCUCUUUACUACUGGAAAGUGAUAUCCUUCGUMUAUAUAAACAACAUGAAGGGUUUAGUGUGUUUUGGAGUGGCAAUCGGAGUGGUUUUUGCAGCCACAAUGUGCAACGCGCGGCCGGCGAAGACCAUCAAUGACACAUCAAAUUCGUCUGAUCAUUCUGCACAUCCAAAGGUUGAAUUUGAAGUUGCUACGGUGGAUUUUAAGCGCAUUGAAUGGCCAUUCAUGAUAAUGGUAUGGAUUCUUGUGGCAAGUUUUGCCAAGCUCGGUUUUCAUUUAUCGGCUAAACUAUCUUCAAUUUUUCCUGAAUCAAGUUUGGUAAUUUGCCUUGGAAUUCUCAUUGGUAUAAUAUUACGGUUUUCUGAAUACAAUGUAGAUCUUUUAACCUCUAGAACAUUCUUCCUGUAUAUGCUACCACCUAUUGUGUUAGAGGCUGGCUACUUUCUUCAAGACAAAGCAUUCUUUGAUAAUAUUGGGACAAUACUGCUGUAUGCUGUUGUGGGAACCUUGUUUAAUGCCUUUACUGUGGGGUUUUCUCUGUAUGGUGUGAGUAGUAUGACGGUGGGUUUACCMAUGAUGCAUUGUCUUGUGUUUGGUGCCCUUAUCGCUGCUGUUGAYCCAGUUGCAGUUUUGGCUGUAUUUGAAGAGGUUAAAGUCAAUGUGAUGUUAUACAUCUUAGUGUUUGGAGAAUCUCUUUUAAAUGAUGCUGUUACUGUGGUUCUUUAUCAUAUGUUUGAAAAGAUGGCAUUGGUUGAACAAGUAACCUACAAAGAGGUAUUUCUUGGUAUUUCUAACUUCUUAGUUGUCAGUAUUGGUGGUACAUCUAUGGGUCUGGUGUGGGGCUUGGCAACAGGACUUGUGACUAAAUACACUGACCAUGUCAGAGUAAUUGAGCCAAUAUUUGUGCUGAUCAUGAGUUAUYUGUCCUACCUUGGGACAACCAUCAAACCUUUAGUUAAGUUUCUUCAAGUGAAGUUACAAGCCAGUGAGUCACCAGAUAUGUAUAAACAGCUCAAUGAUAAGUUGUUAGACCACCUUGUAGCAGGAAUGGAGGAAAUUACAGGUCAUCAUGGCCAUAGUUACUACUGGCAAUUAGCUGAGCACUUUCAUAAUCACUAUCUGMGACGAUGGCUGGUGAGAGAAAAUGAAGACAUWGUGAAUGAUGAGGACAUUUUGCUGGCUUAUCGUAAACUUGAGUAUAAAGAUGCAUUAAAAUACUUAGAAAGAGAGGGUAGUGGAUCGUUGUUACUUCCAAGUCCUUCAGGCCAUCACUUGGAAGCUAUGGGCCAAUCAAAGAAUUCUGAAGGAUUAGAUGAUAAUGAACCUCUUUUAAGAGGUGGAGCUUUCCUUCGUGUACCAGACAUUGUAGUGAGAGAUUCCAGGGCAAAUACAGAACCGCCAGAGAGCAGUCUAGUAGUGUCUGACACACCACACAUGGACAUGUACAACCUUACMAGUCUUCUUGUCAGGUCGCGGAGGGCUAUUUCUGCUCAUCGUAAAUUCCAGCGAAAUAAUGUUGUAGACGACUAUGACGAUAUUUUAUCAAAUCAUCGGCGUACCCCAUAUCAUUCACAACCAUUACGCUUCAAAGUGCCAUCACAAGCUGAACCUACCAAACCAAAACACAAACAUCACCAUCAUAGACAUCGGCAUCAUCGUAAACGCCGACGUGGAAAAGGUCAAGAACUAGAAGGCUUUCCUCCAAAGAAAAAACUCUCGACUAUAUUUGAGCCGUCCGAAGGAGAAACAAAGGCCGAAGAAAGAGAAACUGARUUAGCAGAACGCGAUAGAACUCGGAAAGACAGCGAUAAAGACGAAGGAAUAACAUUCAAGAUAGGAGCAGUAAGAUGGAAAAUAGGUCGUCAGCUUUCUGAAGAAGAAACAGAGCGUGAAAGACACAUCAAARCACAAGAGAAAAGCAGACAAGACGAUGAUGACUCGAGCAGUUCAAGCUCAAGUGGUGAUGAAGACUCAAGUACAGGCGACGAACUUGAAAGGGCUAGUAAUUUGGACACUGUACGGGAGGAACCUUCCUGCGGAGGGGCUGAUACGGACAGCCAUAAAAUGGGCUCAAGUAAAAGUGAUCAAGCUUCAGGCGACCAGCCUGAAAGUGUCCCUUUGCUGGGCGCUAGUGGUUCGUCAGAUAAUACAGUUGAUGAAAGCCAAGUGUAUAACGUUAGUGCCCUAUAGCUAUAAUAUUUUGAGAUUAGAAUAUGCACAAUUUACAUUUAGACAAAAUAUAUUGCUUCUACACCGUUUAAACAGGUCAUUUAAAACUAGGUGAAUCAGCUGAUAGCUACUGAUUUGGAGGAGUAAUCUUUAGGCACAGGAAGCCCGAGGCUAUGAAUGACUACGGUGUUAAAGCCAAUGCAAACUUGCCGCGAGACCGACAUUUACAACAGCAUGAACAUUGUUUGGCGUAUAUUGCUAGUGUGUAUGUAAUUUGCGGAUGUUGCAUGCUGUUGGAUGAAGUUCGCAGACCGUAAUCUUUGAAAAAAACGUUGGGUCGGCGCGUUUACGCAUUGCGUUUCCCGUAAAAGCGAAACAGUGCGUGAGCGUGGACUUAAGGAAAGCUGCACAAUUUCUUCAUUUAUCUUAAAUAGCAUAGAAUAGAUUUAAGCCUAUUACAAUUAGUAUAAUUAUCUUAAAAUAGUAAUCACACGUAAUUAGUAUUUUUUCAAUUCGGACGCAUUAUUUACGGACAAAAAUAUUUAAAACAACUUCAAUAGAUUGUUUGAGUUUCCAAAUWGACGAACAAACAAGCACUAGAUUUGUAUAAAUGCAAAACACCAGUUGGUUGUAUCUUAACGUAACUCUUAUUGAGGCUUACGGAAAUAGUAUCAGUUUAACUGAUUGAAUAUAUAGAGAUUUAGUUUCCUCAACAAGGGACACCAAGCCCGGCGCGAAAACUGCUGUGAGGAGUCCAUAGAGAUAGUCUUAUAAUUCAAUUUUAAAUCGCGCAAUGAUACUUAGAAAACUUAUUCGUGAACACAAAUGUAUUAUAAGUUGAAAUUUAACAGUACAUAGCAAUUCUAACCGUAGACUCUCACACAUCCGGAAAGCUUGAAAUGGGAAGAAGUCUGUGCUUGAAAUACGAUAGGAGUAUGUGCAGCGACGCCAUGUUGUGCAGCAAAGCAUCAUGGGAUUUUUAUAAUUUCUUUGCAUGACGUCACUGCAUAUUUCCUACUGUUCUUGUAUUUGAUAGUCCAGAUGAUCUGUAAUAGAUGAGGUGACUGUUUUGGCGGCCAUCUUGUCCGGUAGGCAUAGUGUCUUUCCGAAUUCGAAUUCAGCGAGAWUUAUUUGACAUCGAUUUCCCGGUCAUUCCUUGUUAUUUCGCGACACUAUGCCUACCGGUCCAAGAUGGCUGCCAAAACCCUCACCUCAUCUAUUAAGGUUAUACAUUGAAUAUCUUAAUAGUUAUAAUUUGUGAACACCAUGCAUUAGUGAAAACGUAUUUCACAUUUUUUUUCUCCCAUUCUUCUCAGUUCGGAAUAAAAGCAAGUUGACACCCCAAUAGAAUAUUGCGCAAAAAUUAGCUUUCGUAAAUGUAAUUUUAAAUUGAAMAAUUCAUCAUUGAAACCGAUGUAAAUUAUAGUAUAAUAUGACUUAUUUUAWUAAAAUUAAACCAAGAUAGAAUUA